UAACUUAAGGAGGCAAGAGAUGGUUAGCUUAGCAUAAAGACUGGAAACAGGGGGAAACAGCUAUCCUGGCUUGCUUCAAAGACAAAAAAGCCACAUACCAGCUCCUCUAAAGCUUACUGACUUUUGCAUUAUGUCCUGUUUGUUUCCUCCAGGCUCAGACCACAUUCGUGAGAAAGAUGGUUUGUGGUCGGUGUUGAUGUGGUUGUCCAUCAUGGCUGCCAGGAAACAGGGUGUUGAGCAGAUUGUCAGAGAACACUGGGCCAAGUUUGGACGUAACUACUACUGCAGGUUUGACUAUGAAGGCCUGGACCCGCGUGCAGCCUUUUACCUGAUGAGGGAUCUGGAGGGAGUCAUCUCAGACAAAGCUUUCACCAGCCAGAAGUUUGCCGUGGGAGACCACAUAUACAGCGUGGAGAGGGCCGACAACUUCGAGUACAUCGACCCCGUGGAUGGAUCAGUGGCUCGAAACCAG